AUGAGCGACAGUCGAAUCAAAUCACAAACAAACGGAAGCAAUAGCAAGUCAUCAAACGAAGGCCAUGACAGCCAGAUCCCAAAAACGGGAGAGCACUCGGUGGAUUCUAAUGGAACUAUCGAGAGCAACUGGACUGAGCUGGUUAAGGAGUUCGAUCAGAUGAACUUGCGCGAACAACUUCUACGUGGUGUUUACAAUUAUGGUUUUGAAAGACCAUCUGCUAUUCAGCAAACAGCAAUUAAACCAUGUAUUUUGGGACAUGAUGUUAUUGCUCAGGCACAAUCAGGCACAGGCAAGACGGCCACAUUUUCUAUUUCGGUCUUGCAACGGAUUGAUCUUCAAUCUAAAGAGUGUCAAGCACUUAUUUUAGCACCUACCCGAGAAUUAGCUCAACAGAUCCAAAAGGUGGUGCUAGCAAUUGGAGACUAUAUGGGUGUUACAUGCCUCGCUUGUAUAGGUGGUGGCAGUGUUCAAGAAGAUAUCAGACGACUUCAAUCCGGCGUAAACAUUGUUGUCGGCACACCCGGUCGUGUCUAUGAUAUGCUCGAUCGAUCGGCUCUCCGGAGUAAACAUAUAAAAAUGCUUGUCUUGGAUGAAGCUGAUGAAAUGCUUAGAGAAGGUUUUAAAGAUCAGAUCUAUAAUAUUUUUAUGAAGAUGCCGUCAAAUAUACAGACUGUUAUUCUGUCGGCUACAAUGCCCAAGGAAGUUCUCGAUGUAACAACUAAAUUCAUGACUGAUCCAAUUAAAAUUCUAGUCAAAAAGGACGAAUUGACUCUGGAAGGUAUUCAUCAAUUUUAUGUCGACGUUCAAUUGGAAGAUCAUAAAUUUGAGACGCUCUGUGAUCUAUACUCAACGAUAUGUGUUGCUAAAUCUAUCAUCUUUUGCAAUACUCGCCGAAAAGUCGAAUAUGUGGCACAACAAAUGACCGCACGAGACUUUACUGUUUCGGCGAUGUACGGUAACAUGGAUCAAGCAGAGCGGAAUACGAUCAUGAGUGCAUUUCGUUCCGGCUCGAGUCGAGUGCUGAUUGCCACCGAUUUAAUGGCACGUGGCAUUGACGUUCAACAAGUCAAUCUCGUUGUUAACUACGAUUUACCGACCAAUCGUGAAAAUUAUAUUCAUCGUAUCGGUCGUAGUGGACGAUUCGGUCGAAAAGGUGCGGCAAUCAAUUUUGUCACUAAUGAUGACCGAAGUAUAAUGCGCAGCAUCGAACAAUUCUAUAACACGAGAAUACAAGAGAUGCCAGCGAAUAUAGCCGAUCUGUUAUAA